GGAAAGAUCUGGCGGGCGGACGGCGCAGGCAGCGGCGCGGCGGGAGCGCAGCCGGGCGAGGGGACAGGCAGAGCGGGACGAGGCCAGGAGAGGGGACGGGCGGCCUCAGCGGGAGCGUCUGCACGAUCCCCGCGCCCAGACCUCACAAGACCCCGCGACGCGCGCCGGGCCUAGCCCGCCCAUGAAGCCGCCCGCCGCGCAGGGCAGCCCCGCGGCCGCCGCGGCCGCAGCCCCGGCCUUGGACUCGGCCGACGCGGGGGACCUGAGCGACGCGCUGUGCGAGUUCGAUGCGGUGCUGGCCGACUUCGCGUCGCCCUUCCACGAGCGCCACUUCCACUACGAGGAGCACCUGGAGCGCAUGAAGCGGCGGAGCAGCGCCAGCGUCAGCGACAGCAGCGGCUUCAGCGACUCGGAGAGUGCAGAUUCACUUUAUAGGAACAGCUUCAGCUUCAGUGAUGAAAAACUGAAUUCUCCAACAGACAGCACUCCAGCUCUGCUCUCUCCCGCUGUCCCUCCUCGGAAAGCCAAACUAGGAGACACGAAAGAGCUAGAAGACUUUAUUGCUGAUCUCGACAGAACCUUAGCAAGUAUGUGAAGCAAGAAGGUCUGGGUCCUUUCAUCAUAAGGCAGAAGCUUCAGAGAGCUCUGAGGACCUGAUAAAAUCAGCUACAGAAUUUGCUGCUGGAGGGACCAGAGAUGCUACUCAUCUACCACCAGGCCAUUCUCAUUCUCAUCCUAAAAAUGCCUUUGGGCUCAUCUCUGGGCAAGUUAGAAAUUGACUUUGUUUACCUGCUUGCAGAGUAUUAGAACAGAUGACUCAUGCUAAUGUUGUAUUUCCUCUUAAAACAUAGCUUUUCUGUAAUUUAAAGUGCUUUUAUGAAAAUAUUUGUAAUUAAUUAUAUAUAGUUGGAGACAGUACUAUGCUUUUCCCAUUAUAAUAUAUUUUUGUAUGCAAAUAAAGUUUGAACUGGAAGUCUGUCUUUUGUAAGCUUU